AUGAUUUCGAUACUCUUCUCGAUUAUCUCCCUGAGUUUUCAGUUUCUGCAAACUGUUAUCUCAACAAAAAUCAGUGCAAAGUUCGAGGGAAACAUUCUCUUCGUUAGGCAACCCAAAUUGAUCACUCUAGAAGCAAAACCUGUAGAAGAAACUUCGCCGACAGUUGCAGCGGCGACAGUGCCAACGCCUCAAAAGCCUGUUGAUGUACCAAAUGUCGGUCAGAAAACUACCAAUGAAAAACUCACUCCAACAAUACAAACAAAUACAGGGAACAAUUUGAGGAAAGAUCAAGAGGUUCUUAAGAUGGGAUUAGAGGAAUCGAGCAAAAAACACGAAGAUAAAUUUUGUACCACUAAUUCAUCUCUCCAACAAAAAUAA